GUCCAAACGGCGCCGUUUAUACGGAGCCGGUCUAUUCUGUUGACUUUUCACACAUAAACGGAUGUCAGUAUUAAGUUUUGACGAACUACAUCAACGACUAAAAACAUCCCUUCAAAAGAAAGAUACUUUUAUGUAAGAGUGCAUACAACCUAUGGAAAUGCUGGCUGUCACAAUUAUUAGAUAUUUAGCAAGCGGAUGUACUUUCACAGAUCUACAUUACAGCUAUCGACUCGGAAUAUCUACAAUUAGCAAUAUAGUCAAAAGAGUAUGUGAAUGUAUUUGGUCUGUUUUGCAAGCAGAAUGUAUACCCAAACCUACUAAAGAGAACUGGCAGAUAAUUGCUUCAAAAUUUGAAAACAGGGCCAAUUUUCCUCACUGCAUUGGGUCAGUCGAUGGGAAACACAUUCGAAUAAUUAACCCACUUGGCUCAAUGUAUUUUAAUUACAAAGGAUAUUCUUCUAUUGUUCUUAUGGCAGUUGCAGACUCUGAUUAUCGGUUUACCUAUGUUGACAUUGGAGCUUAUGGCAAAGAUUGUGAUUCUAACAUUUUCAAGGAAUCGUUAUUAUGGAUAUCAAUUAAAAAUUGAAACAUACAACAUUACCCGAAGAAGAAUGUCUUCGAGGAGCAACGAAUCCUAAAGUUCCCUAUUUUCUUGUGGGUGAUGAAGUAUUUGCUUUACACAAACACCUACUUCGACCAUAUGGUGGUCAUAACUUGACAGUCAAAAAGAAGAUUUUCAAUUACCGUCUUUCGAGAGCUCGACGAUAUAUAGAAUGCACGUUUGGAAUAUUAAGCAACAAAUGGAGAAUUUAUUUAUUAUUUAUCAGCCAACAAUGUCAGAAAUAUUUUAGCUGAUUACUUUUUAACUGACACAGGUUCUGUAAAAU